AUGGAUGAUCAAAAAGACAACAAAUCGGAGGGCAAUAAAAUGGCCGAUGAAACUCCAAAACCUAGACCAAAUGCCUCACUUCUAGCUGGCCUUAUCAGCCAAGCUUUUGAUCCUUCCUUCAUUGGUCUCAAGAGGCCUAUCGAAAAUUCUGAUUCUGGAACCGAUGAAGAAGGGGCAGCAACUCAAGAGAAGCCAGAAAAUGGCUCCUCGAAAACGAAAAAGCGCAAGAAAAAAGACAAAGAUCUUCGAAAGAACAUUCGAAAAAUCAAAGACGACCUUGAGUUGGACAAAGAAACACAAGAUGCGCGAAAAGAAGAGCAAGAGCGUCUCGAGCGUCUUCGGAUGCGCAACUUUGUCGAUCUAUCAAGUGAUGGAGCGGAUCACGUCAAAAAGGCAAAGCCGGUUGAUGACGAUUCCGACGAUGAUAUCAUCUGCAUGGGUGAGGUCACGGAAGCGGCCGAGGAGGAGGAUACUGCCAAUUCUGGCAUGCAUACUAAUGACGACCAGAAUAAGCCUGAUCAAUAUGGCCGGGUCCUUGUGAAUGUAAAUCAUCCUCAAGACGAGGAAGGAGUCUACCUUGCAACGCAGAUUCAGGACAAAAUCAAACCCCAUCAAAUCGGCGGUAUAAGAUUCAUGUACGACAACACAAUCGAAUCUUUGAAAAGAUGCAGGAGUUCUGCAGGCUUUGGCUGCGUGCUUGCUCAUGCGAUGGGAUUAGGAAAAACGCUUCAAGUAAUCUCCUUUGCUGAUGUAUUUCUCCGUCACUCGGGGCAUAAAUACGUGAUGAUUAUCGUGCCAGUGAACACUAUUCAAAAUUGGAAAUCCGAAUUCGCUACUUGGCUGCCUGAAAGACCUGCUUCUUCACCCCCUGAUCCGAAAAUUUCCUACAGAACAAGCCCAGUUUAUUGCGUGGAUGAACGGUGCAAUUCUACUGACGCUCGACUAUCAUUAAUAAAAGGCUGGAGAUCGACAGGAGGAUGCUUGAUCGUCGGCUAUGAAACAUUUCGAAUACUCGUUACGCCCAAAAAGGUGAAGAAAAACUCCCCCGCUCCGGAUCAGCAUCACGUUAUGAUGCUACAGGAAUGUCAGAAUCAUCUUCUCGACCCUGGUGCAGAUCUUGUAAUUUGCGACGAAGGACACAGAAUCAAAAACGAAAAGGCAGAAUUGUCGAAAGCUCUUUCGAAGAUUCGUACAAAACGGCGAGUCAUUCUGACUGGAACGCCGCUGCAAAAUAACCUAAUCGAGUACUGGACAAUGGUCGAUUUUGUUAGGCCUAGGCUGCUCGGUUCAAAGAACGAAUUUCAGAACAUGUUCGUUGCACCUAUUACCAACGGUCAAGCAAAGAACGCGACACCAGAUGAUCGGAGACAGAUGAAAUAUCGCAGUCAUGUUCUUCACGAGCUUCUCAAGGGUUGUGUUCAGCGCCGGUCGCAUGCUGUUCUUUGUCAUGAUCUUCCUGCAAAGAACGAAUACAUUCUGAUGGUUCGCCUGAGCCAGCAGCAGAUUCCGUACUAUCAAAAAUUCACGCAGUUGAAGAACGACGACAACGAAGAAGGGUCGAUGAAUGCUGUUGUCGCUCACGCAACUUGCUCGAAGAUUUGGAAUCACCCGGAUCUGCUGUAUCGAACCGCUGUCCAAGGAGAUGACUCUGACGCACGUGAGCUUGAUGACGAGUUUGACCAUUUCGAUGCUGGCCUCAUUAAGCCCAAAGGAAAGCCAAAGAACAAGAAGGAGCUGAAAGCGUCCGUGGAAUGGGCCCGCAAGAGCGGAAUCCGGGAAGAUUACAGCCCUGGCCACCCAGAAGCUGGAUUCAAGGUUCCCCUUCUCCUCAACAUUUUGCGCAAGUCAGCGCUCAAAGGGGAAAAACUUAUCUGUUUCUCUCAAAGCCUGGGCACACUAGAUCUGCUAGGAGAUUUCAUCACAGCAGACCCUACACUUCCGCUGAUGCCAGGUGAGCUCAACUGGGCCGGCCGUAUUAUGCGGAUAGAUGGCUCCUGUGGCUCAAUGGAAAGGGAGAAGAUUAUAAAAAAAUUCACCGAUUUUCCUUUGCCGUCAAUUUUGCUUAUUUCGACGCGCGCCGGCUGCGUUGGAAUCAAUGUGACAGCUGCGACCAGAGUGGUAAUGUUUGACGUCUCUUGGAAUCCUGUUCAUGAUGCACAAGCUGUUUGUCGCAUUUACAGAAUCGGCCAGGAGAAAGCUUGCUUCAUUUACAGGCUGGUCGCCGAUGGCUGUAUGGAGAGGGCGAUUUACGAGCGCCAGGAUAACAUUUGCUUUUUUGGUUAUUAG